GACAUGAUUUGUGUCCUGCAGACAUCCACCAACUGAUGGGUCGCCGAGAGGAAGUUCCACCUCAGCCGCAGGCGGCGAGCUCCAGUUUGGAACGGGAGCGUUCCCGGGCCCCUGACGUCAAAGAGGAAGAGGAGGAAGUGGAUGUCAGCCAGCUGCCAUUUAACAUCGUCGUGGUGAAGAGUGAGGACGACGAAGAGCACCCGUCCGAGUGGUCGCGGCUCGGCCUUCGCGGUCCAAGUGGAGAGCGUCGUGGAGACUCACCAGCAGACAAGCUCGCGCUUCCACUGUCACGCCGCCAAGAACCUUUGAGGAGCAGCGCGGAUGGCCAAGGUCACGACAAACGCUCAAAAGGUUCCCAGGAGGAGACGGCUGACGCCAAGCGUCAGACGCCCGAAGACCACUUUACCUGCUCCGUUUGCGGCAAAAGCUUUGCCAAGGCCUAUCGGAACAGACACAUGAGAACGCACACGAGAGAAAAAACGUUUCGUUGUUCAGCUUGCGGCGAGACGUUUGCACAAAAGGUCUCUUUGAUUGUCCACAAGGUAACGCACACGGUAGAAAAUCCUUUCACUUGCUCGGUUUGCGGCAAAAUCUAUUACAUCAAAGACCAUUUGAGUCGACACAUGAGAACGCACACUGGGGAAAAGCCUUUCGCUUGCUCCGUUUGCGGGGAAAAGUUUGCUCACAAGAUCUCGUUGGUCGCGCACAUGGCGACGCACACGGGGGAGAAACCGUUCGCGUGCUCCGUUUGCGGCGAAAGUUUUUCUUAUAAGCACUGCGUGACGAGACACAUGAGGACACACACGGGCGAAAAGCCCUUCACGUGCUCCGUUUGCGCUGAAAGUUUCACCUACAAGGAGACUUUAAAUUCUCACAUGCAGACGCACACGGGAGAAAAACUUUUCACGUGCUCGCUUUGCGGUAAAAACUUUUGUUAUAAGAACGGUUUAAAAUCGCACAUGUUGACACAUGCCGGACAAAAACCUUUCCCGUGCUCCCUUUGCGAUAAAAGCUUUGCUUAUAAGAGUACGUUGAAAUCACAUGGAAGGAAACAUAAUGGAGAAUAAACGUUUUGGAGGGGGGCAUUGUUACAUCAAUGAGGAGGCAAUGUAGUCGGUAUGGCUACUGACUGUUCAUUCAAAGAAU